AUGUCUAAGAAACGAGAAGAUCCGCCGCCAGCUUCUUCAAGCGAAGAAGAAGUCUCGGAGACCAGAAGCGGGGAAGAUGACGAGUCUUCCUCGGAGGGAGAGGAUGUUGUAUCCUCACGCAAACCAUCAGCCGUGACGAUGAAGCCAGUAGUUGCUCUGGCCGCCCCAUCGGAGAAGCAGCAAGUUUCUGAUUCCGAAUCUGGAUCGGAUGAAGAAAGUGAUGAUUCCGACUCCGAACCAGAGAAUGUUGAGACGAAGCCUCCUCUAACUCAAUCCAAAGACUCUUCUGUCCUGAAGAAUGAGGUGAGUGAUUCCGAAUCCGAAGCAGAGAAGAAGGAUGACGCUGUGACAAAGCCGACCGUAACACCGUCCAAAGAUUCUGUCUUGAAGAAUCAAGAUUCCAAGAAGGUGAAAAGCUCGGAGAACUCUGUGGCAAAGCGUGCUCGUGAGACAGAUGAAGGAGUUUCAUCGGAUGUGAAGAAGGUCAAGAAGGUUGUCUCAGCCUCUCCCUCAGGGGAAGAAGAGAAGAAGAAAUCUUGUUUCCAACGAGUUUGGACUGAUAAUGAUGAGAUUGCGGUUCUACAAGGUCUUCUUGAUUUCAGAAAGGAUACUGGGGUAAGUCCUUAUGAUAAUACAAAUACGGUUUAUCAGCUCGUGAAGAAAAAUAUUAGCUUUGAUGUUAGUAAGGUUCAGUUCAUGGAAAAACUUAGGAGUUUAAAGAAGAAGUAUGAGAACAAUCUUGGUAAAGCCGCCAAGAAUGGUGAUGAUCCUACAUUUGCCAAACCUCAUGAUCGCAAGGCUUUUGAGUUGUCUAAGCUUGCUUGGGGAGCUAUUGAAAAGGCUAUUGAAUCAGCUGUGAAAUCUAAUGGGAAGUCGAAGCAAGUUGCUUGUGUGAAGCAUGAGCAUGAUUCUUCUUUGGUCAAUGCUAUAAACUGUCAAGAUCUUAGUGCCAAGUCUUCUUCUCUUGUUAGAACGCUAACACGUUUUGGUGUUGAUGAACUUGCUGCUCAACAAGGACUGGAUAGGCUUACCUCAGAAGAUAAGAAGAGUCUCGAGGAGCAGUGGAAGGCUUUGCAGGUUAGGGAAUUUGACUUCUAUUCGCAGAAGACCGGGUUUGUUCAUCAAGUGCUAGCAAAGAUGGCUGAAGCAUUUCGAUCAAACGCUUAAUUUAUUUUUUGGUUCUGUCUUUUUUUUGCCUUGAACUCUAUUUUAGUUUCUAUUAACUCUUGAAAGAGUUUAU